CUUUCGAGUUUCUGAAAGUCGAUUAGAGCACAUUUCAUAAAGCUAAACCAUGCAGAUCUUCGUUAAAACCCUCACGGGGAAGACUAUUACAUUAGAGGUUGAAGCCUCUGAUACUAUUGAAAAUGUUAAGGCGAAAAUUCAAGACAAGGAAGGUAUCCCUCCAGAUCAGCAAAGAUUGAUUUUCGCUGGCAAGCAAUUGGAAGAUGGUCGUACCUUAUCAGACUAUAACAUCCAGAAAGAAUCAACUCUUCACUUGGUUCUGAGACUUCGUGGAGGUAAGUUUUUAAAUAGUUCAGACUUUGUCUUUAUGAACCUAUUCUUUUAUGUAUUCAGCAGUUCGUAAAUAAUCCAUUGCUGGACAUGGGCUCAUAUUAGGGCAAAGACAUUUAAGUAGUAGUAGUAAUAGACUUUUAAGUAGAAGUAGUGACAGACUGCAAUAUUGUGAUUGAAGAUGAACAAAUUAAACAGGUAAAAGAGUUUGUCUAUCUGGGUUCAAAGUUUACAAGAGAUGGAAAGUGUGAGAGUGAUAUCGAAAGAAGAGUGAAUGCAGGAAACAUGGUGAAUGGAGCUUUGCACUCCUUUAUGAGCAGUCGGAAGGUGUCUAACAAGGCUCGUUUGGCUGUGCAUGAGGGGGUGUUGGUUCAGACACUCAUGUACAGAAGUGAAACUUGGGUAUGGCAGAAGAAACAUGAAAGCAGAAUAAAUGCAGUUGAGAUGAGAGCAUUAAGAAGUAUGAUAGGAGUUAAACUGAGUGACAGGAUAAGAAAUAGUGAGAUAAGGAAACAUUGUGGUCUGAAAGAAGAUGUAGUGACAAAAAUUGAGAAAGAUAUGUUGAGAUGGUUUGGCCAUGUCGAGAGAAUGAAUGAAGAACGAUUGACGAAAAAAGUGUAUAAGGCGAGUGUGAAUGAAAGUGUUGGAAGGGGUAGACCUAGGCGGACAUUUCUAGACCAAAUCAAAGACGUCUUGAAAAAAGGCCAUGUCAAGCGUACCCUAAACCGUAGAGCAUGUAUGAAGGGAGUAAUGAAAGUGGACGAAGCAAAACAAGUAUGUAAGGAUCGUAGUAUGUGGAAAGAACUGGUCUCUGCCUACCCCUACGGGAAAGAGGCGUGAUUAUAUGUAUGUAUGUAGUAAUAGACCGGACAUCAGUAGCAAAAUUGUCGUCUAACUUAUGUCCUAUAGGAUAUAUCUCCGAUUUUUGUCAUUUAGUCUUAGUGACAUCGUCAAAAAGUCAAGACCCAUACGUUUCAUAUAUUUAAAAAUAUUUUUAAAGAAAUAUGCCCCGUUGUCCAUUAAGAUAUUGUAAGUUACAAUAUGGAGCAAAAAAUGAACGUAAUAUUGGUUUAUUAUCGUAAAUAUAAUGUAUAUUUACCGAAUAAUCUUUUAAUUUUAUUAUUUCUAGUAGAUUGUUCUAGAACAUUUAUUUUUAUUGUAAUAAGCGCCCUCUGUUAUCCAGUAAACGUUACUAGUUAGUUACCAAUUUUAAUCAUAAAACAUGUAUAUUCCCUAUUAUUAUAUCGAAAAGCAUUUCAAACAUAGUAAUCUUCAACAACAUUAUCGAUACUUUGAUAUCGAAACGGUAACAUUCCUAAAAAGAGGUUAUAUUUAUUAGUGCCACCUACUGGGGAAUAGCUAAAAUGUUGUCUUAAUAAAUGCUUAGCGUUGUUUUGCUAUUUUUAGCUAGAGGGUGCCACACGUGCACUAGCUCAAAGUUUUUGUAUAUAAAUGUUCCCAAUGUCUGCUCUAUAGUAUACCUAUAUAUUUAAAUCUCUUUGUAUUAGGGUAUGAGGCAGAACUUUUUGUGUUCACCACACUAGCAGAUCUGAUCAUAAUGUGUCACUAAGGCAAGAGUGAAUAGGUUUUUGGUACAUUAAUUCAGUGUGCUGUACCAUUAGGUGAGAUAGUAUUCUAGCACUGGCUUAUAGUAGUUAUAAAAACAGAAUGUGGAUACUAGUAAACUGUUGUUUGGUUAAAAUUGUACUUAUGCACAUAGUGUGUUAGUAAAUCUUUUAACUGUAUGUAAUAAGUUUGGAUAUUUCGAUAAUAUUUUGAAUUCUUUCAUUCAGGUACAAUUGAGCCUUCUCUUCGCAUCUUAGCCAUGAAGUACAACUGCGACAAGAUGAUUUGCCGCAAGUGUUAUGCUCGCCUUCAUCCCCGUGCUACAAACUGCCGUAAAACCAAGUGCGGCCACACUAACAACCUGCGCCCUAAGAAGAAGCUCAAGGAUUAGUUAAUUAAGAAUUUGUUACAAUGUAUAUCUAAUCCAAAAUUAAUAUGCAACUUAAAAUGUACACUAAAUAAAUAAAAAUGGAACACC